AUCAGGCUGGGCAGCGGACAGAGGCACAUCAGGCUGGGCAGCGGACAGAGGCACAUCAGGCUGGGCAGCGGACAGAGGCACAUCAGGCUGGGCAGCGGACAGAUGCACAUCAGGCUGGGCAGCGAAAAGAGGCACAUCAGGCUGGGCAGCGAAAAGAGGCACAUCAGGCUGGGCAGCGGACAGAGACACAUCAGGCUGAGAAGCGGGCACCGGGUCCCCUGGCAUGACAGCGGGCAUCGAGUCCCCUGGCACGACAGCGGGCACCGAGUCCCCUGGCACGACAGUGGGCACCGACCGAGUCACCAGGCUCGACAGCGGGCACCGAGUCAUCUGGCACGACAGCGGGCACUGAGUCAUCUGGCAAGACAGCGGGCACCGAGUCAUCUGGCAGGUCAGUGGGCACCAAGUCACCAAGCUCGACAGCGG